AUGAGUCACACCUCUCUAUUUCCACUCUCAGUAGCAAAACAUCUAACCCAACUUGAGGAGUUGAAGAUCAUUAAAUGUGGCAUUGUGGAACUCAUUGAGAAGGAAGGACUAGAUUUGAAGGUUGUGUUCCCAAGGUUAACCUCCCUCAAGCUUAAGGAACUAACAGAGUUGAAGUGCAUCUGUACCAGACAUGCUUUACGUUGGCCAGCAUUGAAGAACUUGGAGGUGCAGGGCUGUAACAAAGUGGAGAUAUUUGCUUCGCAACCUAAGAAUGAGAUGCCUCUUCAUAAACAACCCUUGUUCUUGAUAGAAAAGGGUGCAUUCCCAAAUCUGCAAGAGUUAAAAUUGGAUUUAUCCGGAGGGAUGGCGAUAUGGCAUGGGUAUUUUGAUGAUGGCAAAUUCUUCAGCAGGCUUAGAGUUCUUGAGCUUCAUCAUUUCUCAAAGGCACUCGAAUUGGUAGCUGGACUAGAGUUUAUGCGGCUAUCUGAGUUCCCCGAGCUGAUUGGAAAAUGGCACAGCAAACUCAUUCCCAUCGGGUUAUCUUGCAACUUGAGAUAUGCUUUCAAUCCAUUGAUGGCUCAGUGUCUUGCCAAUCUAAGGCGGGUGGAAAUAAAGGAGUGUGAUCGAAUGGAAGGAGUGAUUGAAGAGGAAGAAGGGCAGCAAAGCGCAUUGGAGAAGAUUACAUUCCCGAAUCUUGACGAGAUGAAGCUAGAAUGCUUGCCCAAUUUGACUAGCUUCCUUUCGGGGAAGAAUCAAAUAUUGGAAUGCCCUAACUUAAGAGAGUUGACCAUUGCCCAUUGCCCCAAGAUGAGUAGUUUGACUGGACAAUCCUUGCUAGAGAUUGACCACUGCAGUCCUUCACUUUUUAGCCCACAGUGCGACAUCAGUGAGGACGACACGGUUGGCCUCAAACCGAGCCGCAAUGAGCCUAGGAGCCUAGCCGAGCUCGAUGACGUUCUUGCCAAUGAGAGGGAAUGGGCGGAAGUGAGCUUCGAUAAAGAUCCACUUGGAGAGGAUGAGGGUGGUGUCCUAGUGCCAGGAUCUAGUAAGGGGCCAACAUGUGACUGA